AUGGCAGUCAUAGUGGAGGACGGCCUCCGGAAGGGCGGUCCGUCGGCUCCAAUCGCCCAGAAGACGUUCUUAGGUUGGAUCCUCUCGGGAGUCAUCGGGGAGUCGGGGGAGCACUGUACGACCUCGUCCUUCCGGUGCGCGGUAGAGGACGAGCUGACGGCAAUGGUGCGACAAUUCUGGGAGCAAGAGGAGCUUCCGUGUCCAUCGGUCCCCCUCACCGAGGCGGAACGGCAGUGCGAGGAUCAUUUUGUUCGCACGCACUCAAGGCUGCCAACCGGCCGCUAUAUGGUGCGGCUGCCGACGGCCCCUGCGCUGCCACCGCUCGGCGAGACGCGGCGAGCCGCGACGCGCGUGCUGCAGAGUAUGGAGCGGCGAUUUAAGAUCGAUCGGGACCUGGAGGCCAAGUACCGCGACUUUAUGAAGGAAUACGAGGACCUAGGGCACAUGGAGGUGGCCAAUGCGUCACAAGCAAGGAGGUUGUGUUCUUUACCUCACCACGGGGUGUUGAAGCAAUCUGGCGACUCAACUAAAAUCAGGGUCGUGUUCAAUGGCUCGGCACGGCUUCCUUCUGGAGAUUCGCUGAAUGACAAUCUGCUGACGAGACCCAAUCUGCUGCCGGCCCUGCCUGACGUUUUAUUGCGCUGA